GCAGUCUCGAUCUCCCUUUCCCGUCCCAAUAACAAUCAUUGAAAACGAACAGCAACCCCCCAAAGAUUGCUUCUUCGCCAGGCCUCUAUUUUCACCAAACCGAGCCCACCAUGACAGAAUUACGACAGCGAGGAGCGACGGAUAAAGAGCUGAAGCAUCAACACUCGGAGGAUAAGGGCUCUGAGACAGAGGGCAAGGAGAGAGAUGGAGCUUCAGACAGUGAGACGAAACCAGAGGUUCCUGUUUCUGCCGAUGACACACCGGAGGUUCUCAAUAAAGCCCUCUCAGGCCUUUCUUCACGAUGGAAGAACUGGUGGGUGAGGGGCAUCCUGACUCUAGCCAUGAUCUCCUUCUUCUUUUUCAUUAUUUAUCUGGGGCCGAUGGUGCUGAUGAUGAUUGUGCUGUGCGUUCAGAUCAAGUGUUUCCAGGAGAUCAUCACAAUUGGUUACAGUGUGUAUCACUCCUACGACCUGCCCUGGUUCAGAACACUAAGCUGGUACUUCCUGUUGUGUGUGAACUACUUCUUCUAUGGGGAAACAGUGACAGAUUAUUUCUUCACUCUGGUGCAGCGGGAGGAGCCUCUUCGAAUCCUCAGCAAAUACCAUCGCUUCAUUUCAUUUGCCCUGUACCUCACAGGGUUCUGCAUGUUUGUUCUGAGCCUGGUGAAGAAACACUAUCGCCUACAGUUUUACAUGUUCGGCUGGACUCAUGUGACCCUGCUGAUCGUAGUGACUCAGUCCCACUUAAUCAUUCAUAACCUAUUCGAGGGAAUGAUUUGGUUUAUCGUGCCCAUAUCCUGCGUUAUCUGUAAUGACAUCAUGGCUUACAUGUUUGGCUUCUUUUUCGGUCGCACCCCACUCAUCAAGUUGUCUCCUAAGAAAACAUGGGAAGGGUUUAUCGGUGGCUUCUUCUCCACUAUUGUUUUUGGAAUUUUACUGUCCUAUGUGAUGGCAGGUUACAGCUACUUUGUGUGUCCGGUAGAGUUCAACAACGACUCCAACAGAUUUACAGUGGACUGUCAGCCAUCUGAGCUCUUCCAGCUUCAAGACUACAGCCUGCCAUCUGUACUUCAGUCCAUCACUGGCUGGACCACAGUGAAGCUGUACCCAUUCCAGAUCCACAGCAUCGCCUUGUCUAGUUUUGCCUCCAUCAUGGGACCGUUUGGAGGCUUUUUCGCUAGUGGCUUCAAAAGGGCCUUCAAAAUCAAGGACUUUGCAAACACCAUUCCAGGUCAUGGAGGGAUCAUGGACCGCUUUGACUGUCAGUAUCUCAUGGCCACAUUCGUAAAUGUUUAUAUUGCCAGCUUCAUCAGAGGGCCAAACCCUUCAAAAGUCAUCCAGCAGCUUCUUGCUCUGAGACCAGACCAACAGCUCCACAUCUUCAACUCGCUCAAGGCUCAUCUGACAGAGAAAGGCCUGCUUCCUGCCCUGGAAGAAGCAGCCUAACUUCUGGGACCACCAGGGACAUCCCACCGUAGACAGAGAGAGGAGAGUUAAGCAGAUCCAGGCAUGUAUGCAAGUGGGAGAUGAGGAACAAAAGAAGGGAAACAACGGAAAACUGAACUAUAAACCUUGGGUCAUUCCAUUUUCUGUGUGGGUGGGUGCGUGUGUGUUUGUGCGCGCGCGCGCGUGCGUGUGUGUGUGUGCGUGCGUGUAUGUGCAAAUCAGUGUUUUUGCUUCUUAUUUUAUUUUUUUGUGAACUUUUUAUGUUUAUCUCUUAUGCCACAAAAGAAUAUUAUAUAUAUUGAGAUGCCAUUGUUGUUACAGUUCUUUGUUAGUUGAGCUGUAUAUUUCCACUUGUGUACAAAUGUUCUGUACCUAUAGAUUGUCUGCAUAUUUUAUAGUGUUUAUUAUGUUUUACAUUGAUUUUAAUUCACUGCUCAUCACACUGUCAUUUCAAACUCAGGCUAGCCUUUAUUUUUUGAUGAACAGAGUAUCUAUACCCAGUUAAAGUUCCGUGAAGGAUUGCAAUUCCAAUGCAGUGUCAUAAAUUCAUGUUGUUUUCCCAAGAGGAAUAUGGUUAUCAAACAUGUUUCCGCUCAGUAGGUGGUGAUGGUUACAGUUCAGCUGUGUGAGACUGUACAUAUACUGCUCCUCCUGAAGAUAAAGAUUCCAUUAUUUUGUGUUUAGGAGGAAGUUCAGGCCUUGUCAGACAACAGUUAUGAAGCCCUGUCUUUGUUUUCGUAAGCCAAAUUAAUGAGAUAUAACUUUUAUUGUAACUGUUACGCAUAGUUAAAUAAUUUGUUGUUACUCAGCACUGAAAAGAAAUGUGAAAUGUCGACAAAAAUUUCACACUGAAUGUUACAUUUCAGAAAUUGUUUAAGCUCUAAAACAAAAUUGUAUUGUUUUUAGUUUUAUUGUAAUUUAAGCCGAACACUUCUUAUUUAAGAUCUUUCUUUGUUUCUGUGUUUGUGAACUGUUACAAGCUAGUUGGUAAAAUCAGGUUGCGCAUUGCUUGGGUUUUGGUUUUCAUGCUCAUUUCGUAUGACAAUGUCUUUGGUACCAUUUUCACUGCAUGAGACCAAGUCUUCCUCAUAUUUUAUGGCCCAUCUGUUGAAUUCUUAGCAUCAGCUAAAAAAACUCAAUCCAAAACGAGUGUCUAUUUUGUGAUUUGCUUAAGGUAUUUUAUUCUCUUUUAAUACGUUAGUCAUUGACAUGUGCCAUACACCAUAUUUCAUGAAAAAACUGAGUGUCAUCGAGCAGCUUUAAUAUAGUAGUGCAUAAACAGUCAAGUGUUUGAGGUUGUAAUUGGCUCAGUUUAGUCUGUAAGCCACAGUCUAUGUACAGUCCACUGCCAUACAUCAAUAAAGAUCCAUGAGCACA